AUGCAGGCAUCACUUCUGGUGCUCGCAUUGGCGCCAUUACUGACAACUGUUGCAGAAUUCAUGGAAGGCACUGGAGGAACCUGUAAGGCUCCAUGGGCCUCUGCAGCAGAGGGUGCCAAAGGCUCGUGGUCCAAAACACAUGAGAGAGGUCUGAAGCAGAUGUAUUGUCAGGGAGGGGGGGAAAGAGGGAAAGGAUUUCCUGGGAAAAGGCAGCCAAGGCAGACGGAGCGGGAAUGGGGGGAGGAGGUGGGUAAGGAUUUGAAAAUAAAAAAACCACUGCUGCAUGUUUACAGGGAGGGUUUACCAGGAGAAAGGGGGAAAGAAUGAGGUACAAUUGUAGAAACAGAGGGGACAAAAGGGACAACAUAAGGAACAUGAAUACGGACAGAAGCAGGAGGUAGGGUAGAGACAGAAAGAGUUGAUACAUGAGAGACAGCAGCAGUACUUUACUAGAAGAAAUUUGGAGAGGUGGUUGAGUUUUUAGUAUACAUUAUAUAUGUAUAUUAAGUGUAAGAUAUAAGAUAUAAGUGCCUCAAAAAAUGAGUUCUGGUUGCAAUAGUAGAGCAUCUAUUAUGGGAACUUUAACAGGAGAACUUCCACAAAUUUUAGCUUUGUAAGAAAUGUUGAGAACUAACACAUAAACUCGCCUAAUUUGUAUACCUGUUUUAGUGAUAAAACUCAUACGUUUGACGUACAUUAAGAUGACUGCUUCUCUCUCUCUCUUUCUAUAUAUAUAUAUAUAUGUAUAUAUAUAUAUAAUCUGAUACUUACAAAGUUUCUCACAACUUAAACUUCAAGUUAAGUUACUUUUUACCCUCUGGCAAAAGUUAAAGGGGAAAUGUCACUUCUUUGGAAUUUAAACGAUGGAACAAAACAAUGAAAACCACCUAGAAUUUGUAUUAACAUUUUUUUUAAUGAGAUUCUACAUUUUCUUCCAAAUUAAUAUAAAACACUUAGUAAAUGACAUCAUAAGUGUUCAGACAAGGCAAAAUCAGGACAAACAUCACAAAUGAAGAGGGAGAUAGAAACAUUGUUUAAUCUCUUCUAAUUGUAUGCUUUCUGGUUGUGGACUGCCAAGGGCAAAGGAAAGAGUUUAACCCUUUAAGGACACAGCUUCAGAAGCAAAAUGCCACCACGACUGAAAAUUUCCGUCAUGUGACCUUAAGGAGUUAAACAUGAUUGAUUGACAGAAGGCUAACACUCAGUUGCAGGAUAAAGAGGUGUGGAAUUGUAUAUUAAAAAUGUUAUUUUACACAUAGUUCUUAAAAAAAUUUGGCCCACGGGGGCCACCUUACUCGCAUAAGCUGGGCCUAUGACCCAUGCGCGGCGUCGCUACCAAGACAUGUAACCAAAGACUGUUUGUAGGUGCCAUCACUAUGAGAUCACCAGGUCCGGGCAUGGUGUGUACAACGAAGGGUAGGUCAGAUGUCUGAGUUUUUAAACCCACAGACCUCUACCAUAGAAAUUACCUGAGCCCCCUGGAGACUACUGCUCCAAUUUCAGUGUAUAUUGGGAGGGUAUGCAGCAGCACAGUUUUAAGGGCAAUGUUUGGGUAUCCUAUUAUUUCUUUGGGUAUUUUCUCAUACUCAAAAACAAAUUAAAAAAAAAAUAAAAAAAAAUUCUCAUACCUAUUGUUAAUGACCAUACGUUUACACCCUGUAACACCAAAAUGUGCGACUGUAUUCUACCAUGAUAAAGCAUUGCUUAAUUGCGCCUGUGACUGCUGUUGGGGCACCACAGGCUUGUCUGUACAUCUUGUUGCACAAAAUAAAAUAAAGAAUUAAAAAAAAAAAUGUGGCAAUAAUAGGGAUAAUAGAAUAUAUAUAAUUGUAGGUUUUUUGCGUGUUUUUUUAGUGACGCUUUUGCUUUAACUUGGCAUUUAUGUUGAAAUAAUGUAUAAGAAGGUUUAUUUUAUAAAGGUUUAUUCUCUAGUUUGCGGUAGACAAUUCAACUGAUAUUAUUUGAGAUAAUCCGUCAAAAUUUUAAUGUAUUUAUUCUGCCUUUAGCCUUAACCUGCCUUUAUGAGAAAAAGGGUUAAUGAAAUAUUCUCUUUGGCAGAUUCUCUUUGAGUCAGUCACUGCUUCAGGGUAGAAUGCUACUUAAGAAAUGGUCAGCUCACAAAUGUUAUUAAAUGCCGUUCAUAUCUUUUUGGUUGCUUUUUUCCCCUUUUUGCAGAAAACCAUGUCGAAAAAGCUAUUUAUGAAGUGUAUGUAGAAUUGGCUAUAUUUUAACAUAGUGAUAGAACUUACAAAAAACUAUUAGGAAGGAUAGUUUAUUUUCUAUUUGCAGUAACAAAAUCAGCUGGGGCAAUUUAUAAGCAUUUAUUAUUAAAUUGAACCAAACGCUUUUGCUAUUGAACUGAGCAAUCAUAACUCAAAGUUAACUAGUGUCUUUUCAGAACAUCAACUACAAAAUAUUGCACAUCAUUCCUGUGCAUUCACUUGUCAAAUUUUUAAUGGUGCCAUAUUCAUUACGGGGGAGAAUCAUUAAAACUCAUUCAUUCGGACUCUGUUUUCAAUAGCACAGUUACAGUUCCACAGAACAUUUUUGUAACUCUUUAUACCUUACCAUCAGGGGACUGUCUGCUGUACAAUCACAAACGUCAUUAUGAAUACUUUCUAACGGCUUUCAUUUUUACAAAAAGCACCAUUGCACCAAUGAAGCAAACUGGCCUUAUUUAACCCUCAAACGAAGAGCCACUGAACUUCCUAACUAGUAUAUGUUUAUACAGAAGCCUCGGGCCUUUUGGAUUCAGCCCUGUGCAAAAAUAUUUACAUGGAGGGCGUUAUUAUAUGCCUUAAUUUGGCGCUUCAACCCCCAAGCAAUGCCACCUUAGUGUAUGCUGUUAUUGAAAACAGCAUGGUUGAAGAGGGUGUAAAGAAAUGAUAAGUCCACUUUUGUCAUAAUAUUAAUAAUAAUUUUUAAAGAAACAUUGAAUCUUAUACAUAUAACCUACACCUGUAGUUCAUAUAGCUUACAAUUUAGCUGGCAUUAAUUAAUUUAAUAUGUUUUAUCACACUAUAUGCUGCAAACAUAUUGUACAUUUGACAGCAAAAUGCUUAUUUACUAAAGGAAAACUUUCGUUUUACAUUUAAUUCACAAACCAUGAAAGGGACACUGUCCAGGCUCCACCUUGCUCAGGUUUGACCUCAGCAUUGAUAUGCGGUAUUCUUACAUGCUCAAAUCUUGGUAGGUUUUUUUUUUUAAAUAAGUGAUUAUUAUGAAGACAUAAUAAAUAUGGGUGCGUUGUUAUUACUAUAACUAUAUCUAAAAUCAGGACACUAUUUUGUAAUUGUCCCAAAAAAGAGACAAGGGUCCUGAAAAAUCCAAGAAGAAACAGUAGGAUAAUAAACUGAACAUAUCGUCAGGAGGAUCAAUGACACGUUUAGGCGUGUUCAGACACCAAAAAGCCCAUCGGGCCUUUGUAGCUCAGUGUGUCUUCUACUCACUUUCAGUAGCUUGUUUUUUCUUUUGUUUUAAUGCACUUUCAGUUACCAAAGGGCCAGUUGGUUUAGGUAGGCACUAGUAGUUCUCCUACAGUGCCGAGGUAUCUAGGGACAGUGUACUGAAUUAAGGACCUGUUAUUUGAUUUUUUCCCUUCUUGUAUUCUUUUUUUUUUUUUUGACAUUCUUUAUUUAAGUUUUUCAAUAUUCAAUCACAGCAUGUAUAUCCAAUAUAAAUUAACAUGUGGUAACAUAUAAACUGGUCAGUUAUGUGUAUUACAGCAUCAAGAUAGUUUCAUCUACUGGAUAAUAAAUUGUAUUUGAGUAUUUGGCUUCAUUAUAACAGUGAGCGUUCUUUUGUGUUGUGUUCUGUCGUUAGCCCUGUAUGGGGUUAAUCCCCUCUGUGGUCGGGUGCGAAUGGAGUUUGUGGUUGCUCCUCAAGAUUCGUGUGAGUUUUCGGGUGGGUUGUUUCAACCGCUCUGUGUUGUGCUCGUGGGUCAGAGGGGGGGUUGUACAACCCUGCAUUGGUAUCUGAGCUUCCUCAUUUGUAGGUAGGACCCUAAUAGAGAGGUUGGCUCAGUGCAAGGUUUCCCCUCACUUACUUAUUGGGUCUAGUGUGACCUAUGGUACUUAAGAGGUGUGGUAGUCUCCAUCUAUGUGUGGUGCAGUUCAUCUUUGUCCCCAGCCUCGUACAUGGUGCUUUGUUCGUGCUUCUAGUGCCAGGUUGAUGGAUAUAGAGCUUUGUCUCAAUCCGUGUUAUGUCUGUCUACGUGUGUCCUUCUUUGGGGGGGUACCGUCUGGGGCUUUGUAUGGGGGUCCAGUCUGAUUCGUGUUUGAUUUGUGUGUUGGUUUAGGUCGUAAUGAGCCUGGUGUGGAUGGGCUCAGCCUUAAAUCAUGA